AUGAUCGAUAUAACACAGCUCCUGAUCCUCGGCGCUGUCGUAGCGCUGGGAUAUUUCGUGUUCAAUGGCUCGCGACACGAUCCUCGUGAACCGCCGAUGGUGACGAGCGGGAUCCCGAUCCUAGGACACAUGUUCGGCAUGUUGUGGCAUGGAGUUGGACACUGGGGUAAUCAGGCUAAGAAGCACCCUGAACAACCCAUCAUUACCCUGGACAUGUUCUUGACCAAGUUCUAUGUGAUUACUUCGCCAGAUCUGAUGCAGGCUGUGCAGCGCAAUGCCAAAACGCUCAGCUUCGAGCCCCUGCUGCUAUUCGGCGCUAGGAAUAUUUCUGGAAUCUCGAACCCGAAGACUCUGGAUAUUCUCAAGGAGAUAGACGCUGGUGGGCAGGGUCUUGGCUCCAAGAUCAUGCACGCCAUGACCCCGACUCUCGUAGGAAAGCCUUUGGAUCUGAUGAAUAUCCAGAUGAUUCGUUUGAUUCAGCCAUUCAUUGAGAAGCUGGGCGAGACAUCCACUUUUGACUUGUACGAGUGGUGUAAAGAUGCCACCAUGGCUGCUAGCACGGAAGCUACAUAUGGCCCAAUGAACCCUUACAAAGACAAGAAAAUCCAAGAUGCGUGGUGGGAUUUCGAAACUGGCCUCGGUGUUCUGAUUGCCAAUACGUUGCCGUGGCUCACUGCGCGAAAGCCAUGGAAGGGUCGCCAGAAGGUUGCCGAUGCAAUUCUGAAGUACUUGCAAGAAGGCGGCCAAGAACACGGAUCCGAGCUCACAAAUGUGCGGUUGAAGGUGUCUAUGGAAGGUGGACUCACUCUCGAGGAGUACUCCAAGCUCGAAGUCGGUAUGCUGAUCGCAUUCGUAUCGAACACCGUUCCCGCCAUGUUCUGGUGCCUUUUCGACCUGUACGACCGACAAAAGCUCCUCGGCGAAAUCCGCAAGGAGAUUGAGGCGAAUGCUAUUGUCGUGGCUGCGGAUGGAACGCACAGCAUUGACUUGACUGCGAUCCGGGAGCAAUGCCCUCUCUUGCUUUCCACCUUCCAAGAGAUUCUUCGCACCCGCUCCAAUUCCUCCCCGACCCGUCUCGUUACGAAAGACACCCUCCUUGCGGAUAAGUACCUUCUCAAGGCCGGUAACACAGUUAGUAUGCCAUCAAUUCCCAUGUCACAGCGCCAAGAAGUUUGGGGCGAGACUGCUGGGGAAUUUGAUGAGCGUCGGUACAUGAAUUCUGGCGAGAAGAAGGACUCUCGUCGGGCGGGAGGGUUCUUGACCUUUGGCCUAUCGCCAACAAUCUGCCCCGGCCGGCACUUUGCUAGCUCCGAGAUUCUGCUGUUGGUGGCCAUGGUCAUCCUUCGAUACGAUAUUUCGCCUGUUGGUGGAGUCUGGAAGGAGCCCGCCAAGGACACGUCGAGUAUGGUCUCGAUCAUGGGCCCUAUCAAGGAGAAGUUCCGGGUCAAUGCAAGCCCAAGGAAGGAAUAUGCAGGAGUCAAGUGGGGGUUCCAUGUGGAGGAGGGCAAGGGACAGUUCCCACUAGUUAUAGGAUAG